AUUCCUUAUUUCUGUUCUCUCAAUGGCUUUCUUGCCUGUGUGGAAUCCCAGUUUUCCCUUGUUCCUCCCCUUGUCUCUCACUCCCUGCCUGCUCCUGCCCUCUUUCUGUCCCCCUUCUGAGCUGGUCCCUCCUCCCCCCUGUAUGAGCUGGAGGUGCACAGAGUUGUAUGCUGCUACCUCCAGGACAGAAGCUCCACUCUAGGAGGUCUGUAUCACUGAGCACCACAGAGUAGGAAUGAAGACCUGUGCAGUCUGGAGAGAAUUCCUUCUUCCAUAGACCAAGAUAUCUUGAUAAAAUGGGCCAUUUUUAUGUUAUUUUUAUUUUGCUCCUCACAUCGACCUCAUCCUUUACCAAAGGAGAGGAAAUGUAUGAGGACUACAUUUGGCAUGUCAGCAAAAUACCCAAAAUUGUGACUUCAAAUGUUGUCCAUCUCAAGAGCCCAGAUUUUAAGGCUGAACCUCACUUGGAGAUGAAUGGAACAUGUGGAAUAGAAUGUCAGAAGAAUUUGCCAACACCAUCACUAAAUGAUCUUGAGAACUACCUUUCCUAUGAAACUGUAUUUGACAAUGGCACACGCACCUUGACCAAAGUAAAUGUCCAAAACUGGCUACCUAGAAAUGAAGUUAUGUCCUCAGUGAAACAUUCUUUGCGCCGAAAAAGGCAAGUUUAUGGCACUGAUAGCAGAUUCAGCAUAUCAGACAAGCAGUUUAUGACCAACUACCCAUUCAGCACAGCUGUUAAACUCUCCUCUGGUUGCAGUGGCAUCCUUAUAUCACCAAAGCAUGUUUUAACAGCUGCCCAUUGUAUUCAUGAUGGAAAGGAUUAUGUCAAAGAUGCCAAGAAGUUACGUGUUGGAAUCUUAAAAAUUAGGUCCAAGCGGGGUGGCAAAAGACGCAAGGGGUCCAAAAAAAAUAAAGGAGGUGAUCGUGAAGAUACUGAUUCCAGUAAGGAUGGUAAAAAGCAGAGGCUAAAGUCAAUUCAAAAGAGAUCGGUAACUGAAGAGAAGAAAAGCACUGAAUCCAGAAAAGAAAAGUCUUCAACUGGCAGUGGGAAACCAUCCUUCCAGUGGACAAGGGUAAAGGCCAUCCAGAUCCCCAACGGCUGGUUUAGUGAUGUAACGGAUAAAAUGAUCCUAGAUUAUGACUAUGCUGUUCUGGAACUAAAACGUCCUCAUAAGAAGAAGUAUAUGGAUAUUGGAAUAAGCCCACAAGUAGAAAAGAUGCCUGGUAGCAGGGUGCACUUUUCAAGUUUUGAUGACGAUAGACCUGGACAACUGGUAUAUCGUUUUUGCAGUAUUUCAGAGGAGUCUAGUGAUCUUUUCUAUCAGUAUUGUGAUGCAGAGCCUGGCUCAAGUGGAUCUGGUAUCUACAUCCGUCUUAAAGAACCAAACGAGAAGAAAUGGAAGAGGAAAAUCGUUGCUAUCUAUUCAGGUCAUCAGUGGGUAGAAUUCAACGGUGAACAUCAGGAUUACAAUAUAGCUGUAAGAAUAACUCCUCUAAAAUAUGCACAAAUAUGUCUCUGGAUUCAUGGAAACAGUGCUGACUGUGCUCAAGGAUAAUUCCAUCUGAAAGAAAACAAAUCCCAAAUACCCAGUCUAUAGCAAGCGCAUUGGCAAAAUAUCAGAGCAGUGACUCCUACUGGUUGACAAUGGUGGUGCAACAUGCAUAGAGAAUAAGGCACUUAAUAAAAAAAAAAAAUCACAUGUAUCAUCGUAUGUUGAAUUUAGUUGGACCAGAGACUGAUCAUGCUGCAAAUAAAUAUUGGAAUUUUAGGAGAAAAAGAAAAAUCAGACUUUUUCUGAGUUUAAGUUUUAAAUAUAACUAAAUAUGUAGUGCCAAGCUGUACAAUAUUUUUCUACAAAAAAAAAAAAAAGUAUAUAUAUAUCAAAAGACACUCCACUAACCAGUCCUCAGCAUACUAAUGCUCCACUCAGGGUUAGCUGUCCCAUUGAAUAAUGUUUCUUGGAAGUAUGUAUAUCCAUGAGACCACCAGCAAGUAAAUGGUUAAAUAUGUUUGGUAGCAUACUUUUAUAUAGGGUAUUUUAUUAAAAAAAACAACAACAAAA